UGUUAAGCUCGUUCGGUCGUAUGACCUUGUGGCACUUUGUAGGUUGCACAGGAGCGUGGUAAAUCAAGCAAUGACUAAUUACAUCUGUUUGCUCAGAGAUAGGAUAAUUAACGAGACGCGAUUCGAAAAUAGCAAGCUGGAUGGCUUGGCUGAAAAUAAUGCGCAGCUACUGAGAAGAAUAUUAAAACUUGAAGAUUCGUUAAAUUACUUGAAGAAUAUUCAACCUAGUGAAACAACACAAUAUGAACUAACUGAUAAAUUCAUUGGAAGUACCUUCAACGAUCAGUAUUCAUCUAUUCAUUAUAAUCCUAUUUCUGAACAAAAACUAUUCUCAUCUCAACAAGGCUUAUAUAACAAUUUACAAACAAUAAAUUUUGAUAAACGUUUACAAGCUAUGGAAAUGAAAUUACGUAAUCUUUUUACUGAAGGAAAUACAUCAAAUAUUUUAAGUAAAUAUGCUAUAAAAAUAGUAACGGAAACUUAUCAUCCUAUUGAAUGUACAAAUCAACAUUGUACAGAUUUUUGUCAAAAUGCUGAAUAUACACCGUCAAAAAUGAAUGAAUGCUUACAUUUAAAUUUGAAUGGAUUACAAUCUUGUAGCCGUUGUUUAAAUCCAUCAGCUCGUAGUCAGUGUACUAUUCAAACACCUAAUGCGUUCAAUAAAAAUUCACAGUUUGAUAAAUCAGUACAAACAACAGACUAUGAUCGUAAAAAUGUGAUCAUGAAUUCAAUAUGUAGUCGAAAUAAAACACUUACAGGUGAACAUCAAAUGGUCGCCAAUUCAGUUACAUCAGAUUGUAUGGGCAUGAUGAAGAAUUCACUAAUUGUACCUACCUCUCCUGAUAAUUCAUGUGUAAUUAAAACAAAUCUUCUCAAUAAUAAUAAUGAUGAUGCUGAAUCCAUUUCAAAGUUUACAUCAAGUGAAUGUCUUGAUAUAGUUGAAUCGCCUGACUCUCAAAUAAGUGUAUUAAAACAAGACUGUUACAAUCAUUUGAAAACUGAACAAAAUAAAAGUCAACGAAAUAGUAUUCAUCAACUGAAACAAUCGCAUAACUUCGAAUCUGGAUUGAAUAAUGAAGGGAAUUAUCAUGAUAUUGACAAAACACCAGCUACUUCAAGAUCUUAUAAACGAAGUAAACUUUUCUAUCCUAAUUGUCAUUAUGCAUCUAUGGGACGAUGUUUAGAUAAUUCUCAUAAACAAUCUGUACUCGAAUCGUCAUUUGAAACAAUAUAUGAUCAGACGAAAAUUUGGUGAUUAAACAAUUAUAGGUAGCACAAAGCGCACACUUUUCAAACGUAUCUCUAAACACUAUCCUGAAUGUAAAUCAAUUAACAGUUCAAUUCUUGAAUAUCUGGUCAACUGUGGACAUAAAGCUAGACUAGAAUCCUCCUACAGUGUUUUUUAUCAUGUCAAAUGGAAUAGUUCAAUAGGAGUAGGACUUUAACAGUUGUGCACAGCGGAGGCACUGGCAAUUCAUCAAUUCAAGCCUGAUCUCUGCGUACAAACGAAGAAGUAUGUUCAAUCUCUCAUCUUACCAUGAUCUUAACACUUUCAUAAUGUCUUCGAUUUCAUUCUAAUUAGUUAGAUUGUUAUCAUCACCUUCAUUAUGACCCUUGUCUCAUUCUUCACCUUCUCUACAUCCAUCCAUCUAUCUAUCUAUCUACCAAGUGGACACUCAAUAUUCGCGUUUCUUAUCUACCAACAAUUUUCACCUUGUCAAACUCCUCGCCUUCCUCGAUAUUUCUACUGACUUAGAUUAUUACGCAACUACUUUGCAUUCUUGAUUCUGGUUCGUUUUUUAGCACUAGGUUAAUGAUGUAAUUAUACCCUAUUGUUUUAUAAUCGACUGUUAUGUAGACUGUUUAUGAUAUAUACAUGAAUACGAUUGUACAGCUUUAGAAAAUGAUAUCGUGGAAAAAGAAUAUUUUCUUCGCCCAAUUAUCUCUUCUCUAUGACGCAAUGGGCAUGUUUCGUAGUGUUAUCAAUUCGUUCCUCCUUAUUCACAGUGACCCAUUUUCUAUCUCUUCUACUUGAACAACCCCCACCUCCAUCGAUUGUAUAUUUUGCAUAUUAAUUGAGCAACUCCCUUUUCAGUGUAAUUGUCUGUCACUUUACUGAGUAUAAAUACAACUACUGUACAGCUUGAUAAUGAAGUCAUUGGCUAGAAAUAUUUCUUCUUCGCUGA